AUGAUUUUGAGUGGAUUGAUGAUUACACUUAACACUUUAACUUAAAAUUACAUAAUCUAUAAAGACAAAUAUCAAAAUCCAAAUUUUGAAUUAGGAGAUUAUGAUACCAAUAGUUGUGGAGUUCCUAAAUUAUAAUAGGUAUAUCGUGAUAAUGAAUUGUCAAAAAACCUUUUUAUUCAAGAAUUAGUGAUAAGUGCAGAUUAAUAGUUUACUGUUUAGUAUUCAAUCGAAAACAUUAUAGAUAAUGACUUUAUUUUAAAUUAAAGUAAAAUUCAUUGAAUUAUCGAUUAGGUGGAAUUAUAAAUGAAAAUCUGUCCAACCGAUAAGUAAUAUAUAUUACUCAUGAAUGUCCUGUUGAUCUUGAGAAUUACAAUUACUGGGGUCUAAUUAGAAUAAAUUUAUCUAUAAAUGAUGAAUCGAUAAAAAUAUACUAUGAGAGUAUAUGUAACAAUCAAUAUGAACCAAAGAAGUACUUUAAAUCAACAACAGUUAAGAUUUGAUUUCAGCUAUUUGAUAAUAGUAAUCUCAGGCGUUUUAUUUGUGUUUCUAACAUCCAGAUUUGGUCAAAUAGCAUCGUUAUAGAAAGCAAAUAAAAAGUUUUAAGGAAUUUUAAUCAAUUACUGGUAUUUUAUAAUUUUCAUCUUUAUACUAUUUGCCUUAGUAGGAUUCAAUUAUAUCGAUUUGAAUGUAGAAGUUUACAUUUUGGCUUGCAUAUCCUAUUUGUCUAACAUAUUUUUUUUAAUUGAUACAUGUUGCUUUUUAAAAAUUCAUUACUGGAAUCAUAUGAAAGAUACUCUAUUUUAUGUAUUAGGAUGGAUUUUAGGUAGUAUCCCAAUAAUCACAUUUUUUGUAUUUGGCUUUAGCUGGGUUGUAAAUGAUGUAAUAUUUGUUCUUAAUUUGGGAACCUUUUUUAAACUCUUUAAGGUAAAAUCAUUUAAGGAUUGUAUAACAAUCUAUGUCCCAUUUCUUUUAUUUUAAUGUUUUCUAAAUUAUGGAGUUUAUGUAAGAUGGGAUUAUGGAAAUAAAGUAUCCGUUAUUCUAAAUCUUACUUAAUUUUUCACUCUAUAAGCUCCAAUGUUUAAUUAUAUUCCAACAAGAAAAUGUGCAUUUAUUGAAAUUAAUACUCUUUUUCUUCCUGGUUUAAUGAUAGCAUAUACAAUAAGAUAUGCAAAAGCAUCAUAAUCAUAUGUUUAUUUUAUAAUUUAUUUUUUGGGUUUAUUUUUAGGAUUAAUUUGUUGGUUAGCAAUGACUUUUGUUAAUAGUAAAUAUUAAAUUACUAGGUAUACGAUUAUUUUACAAUUUAUUUUAGUUUAUUAUUUACAGUAUUUCCAAGUUCAAUUUUAGCAGCAAUACUCUGCUAUUAUAGAAAUGAAUUAUCUGUAUUUUACUAGGGAUAAUUUUAUGAUCAAAUUCUUGAUGAUCCAUUUGUUGCCUCCAAAAAUAUUAAACAAUCCUAAUAAACUAAUACAGAUUUAAUCAAUCAAAGUAAUUAAGAAUUACCUGUUAUCAAUCCCUCUUUGUUUACAGGAUUAUAUGAAUUAUGA